CUGGGAUUACCUGCCGUCUCUCAACAUCCUCGCCCUUCGCAUGCCCUCACCAAAGCAUGAAGCCUUCCUCGUUCAGCUUCGGACGAGGGUUUUGCGUGAUUUAGCCUCAAUUUCCUCGGGAUCAGGUCCGGCGGCGCAGUUUGCGAAAGAUAUUUUCUCCGACGGUUCCACGACCAUCAAGCCCAGAGACAUUCGAUUUGGAAGACAUGACCCCGACGAUUCAUUUCGACAUGUCCAGGAAUCAUACCCAGGUCUCGUCAUUGAGGCGGCAUUCUCGCAGAAAGGAAAGAGAUUGGGAGUCAUUGCAGAAGAUAUGAUCCUCGGGUCGGAUGGCGAAGUGCGCGUCGUGGUUGGAUUUGACAUCGAUUACGUCGGUAAGCGGGCGACAUUUUCCGUCUGGGAACCGGUCUUGCAGACCGGCGUGGACGGUCCGAUAUGGACGGCGCAGAAAACGGUGGCAGACCAAGUCUUUGAGGUAAUCCGCGACGAAAAUGGCCGGCCGCACCCCGAUCCAGGGGCGGGACUACGGCUCCAACUCGAACAAUUCGCGACAGAAGAGUUCACGAGGCAAUUUGGGAAUUUAGACAGCACCAUUGUUAUCCCCAGCCAGGACCUUUACACGUUCCUCGUGGUCGCCGAAGAACGUGCCGUUGUUGUCGAGCAAAAGGCUAUGCCCCGGAAACCGGGUAUGAAGAAGCGCCGCCGGUCUCACACACCCCCAGAAGUACUUGACCGGGACCGCGAGAGCGCCUUUGACCAGGAAGUCGAACGGGCUGCCAAACGUCGCGACGUCGAGGAUUCCUCCUACACGGCUAGCUCCACCCCGGAUGAGGGACGACAAUAG